AUGAUGGAGCAGGAUCUGAAGAUGAUGGAGCAGGAUCUGAAGGCCUGCUACUCAAUUGAAGAGAACUUCGACACUAACUAUAAGAUGCUGAACACACUGGGUGAAGGAAAAUUUUCAGUGGUGAAACGGGCCUUCCAUGUCCCCACAAGUACCUCUGUGGCUGUAAAAAUUCUCCAAAACACCAAGGAGUACACCUCACCCAUCUGCAGGGAAGCCAGGAUUAUGAAAUCACUUAGCCAUCCUAACAUUAUCAAGCUGUUUCAUGUGGUCCAGAGAAGAGAGACGACCUACCUGGUGAUGGAGUAUGCCUCAGAGGGAGAGCUACAAGAUCGCAUCAUCAAAGUGGGGUCUUUAGAGGAGAGCAAGACUCGAAGGCUGUUUGCCCAGAUAGUACAUGCGGUGCAGUACUGCCAUGACCAUCACAUUGUCCAUAGAGACAUAAAGGCCAGCAACAUUUUGAUCGACUGCAGGGGAAAUGCCAAGCUGUGUGAUUUUGGCUUGGCUGCUGAAGUGAUUCCUGGACAAAAGCUGGCAGGUUUCUGUGGCACACUGCCCUACUGUGCCCCGGAACUCUUGCAAGCAGAGAAAUAUGAGGGCCCCCCUGUAGAUAUCUGGAGUUUAGGGGUCCUCCUGUUCCUCAUGGUAUCUGGGAACUUGCCUUUCCAAGGCAAGUCUUUUGUGGACUUGAAGCAGGAGAUCAUCUCUGCAAACUUCAGCAUCCCUUCCCAUGUUCCCAUUGAUAUUUUCAAUGUCAUCAUUGAACUGCUGAUGAUCAAUCCCAGCAGGAGGCCCACCAUCCACCAAAUCAUGAGGCACCCCAUGAUCAGGGGCAGUGAGGCAUGUUUACCACCUACUUCCACACAGAUUUCCCAGGCACCCCAAGCCACAGCAUUGUCAGGACCAUGAGAGUCAUCACAUAGAAGCCUGACAGGAAUAUGUCCUCCUGCAGUCCCCAAGAGGAGCUCUGUGGAUCCCUGCAGCCACCUAAGAGUGUAGGUGUUCCAGGAUCCUCCUCUGGGGAUAUCUUGGAGAAAGAGACCCUCAUGGAAAAAAGAAC